AUGCGGUCAAGAAAGAGUGGCAUUAUUGUGAAUAUUGGAUCCAUCGGUGGUUUUGAAGGUGUCAAGUUGGGUGGCUUGUAUUGUGCAACCAAGUUUGCUUUGGAGGAACUGAACUAUAUAUUGUCCUCCACAAAUAUGGUGGAUGUGAAAAGAACCAUUUCAGAUUAUGACAAGCAUUAUCAAGAACUUAAUUUCCAUGAAGUGAAUCAAAAACAAAGAGGAGAUCCAAAGAAGUUGGCAGAUCGUUUGAUUGAUGUGUUGACUCAGAGUGGUGUUGCUGAGGGAAGAGAAAUUCCAUUCCGCUUGCCAUUUGGUGUCGAUGCCUAUCCUUUCAUUCAGGGAAAGUGUGAAAAGGUCCUCAAGGAAAUGAAGGAAUGGGAACAAGUCAUUACCAGCACAGAUUUCGAUCAAUAA